AUGAGGAAGUUCAUCUCUUUUGAUGUUGUUAACCCCGUCCAAUCCGGACCCCGCUCUUCUCCAGCCCCGUCCAAUCCGGGCCCCGCCCCUCCUCGGCCCCGCCCUUCCUCGGCCCCGCCCUUCCUCGGCCCCGGCCCUCCCCGGUCCCGUCCAAUCCGUGCCCGGCCCCUCUCCGACCCCGUCCAAUCCGGACCCCGCCCCUCUCCGGCCCCGUCCAAUCAGGGCCCCGCCCCUCGGCCCGGCCCCUCUCCGUCCCCGACCAAUCGGGGCCCGGCCCGUGCCGGGUCCCGCCGGUUCAGUUUCGUUUACCGGCUGCCGCGGCGGGUGCGGUCGGCGGGACGCCGGCGCGGGUCGUUGCGGAGCGGGAUGGCGGGGAACGGGAAUGGGAAUGGGAAUGGGAAUGGAAGCGGGAACGGGAGCGGGAGCGGGAGCUCCGCCCGCCUGUGCCGGGCCGUGGGCGGCCCCUCCCCGGGCUGCCCGGGCCAGUGCGGCCGCCUGCACCUGUGCCGUUAUUUCCUCCUCGGGGGCUGCCGACAAACCAAGGCCGGGAAAGCGUGUAAAUACGGCCACAGCUUCCGAUCGCCUCAUAAUACGACGGUGCUGCUACGCCACGGAAUCCAGAACCUGAGCGACGGCCAGCUGCGCCUGCUGCUGCUGCAGAACGACCUCUCGCUGCUGCCCGAGGUGUGCCUGCAUUAUAACAAAGGGGACGGGCCCCACGGCGCCUGCACCUACAAGAAGACCUGCGGGAAGCUCCACGCCUGCCAGUUCUACCUGCGGGGCACCUGCCGCUUCAGCCAGGGCUGCAAGCGAUCCCACCACCUGCUCGGCCCCGAGAACGUGGAGAAGCUGGAGAAGUGGGGGGUGAGCCCCGACCUCAUGGAAGCGCUCCCCUCCGUCUACCGGAACGCGUACGCCAUCCAGCUCCGGACCCUGCUGCCCAGCCCCGGGCCGGACCAGCCGACCGAUAGAUCGACGGGAUUUACAUUCCGUCUGGACCUGACAGAGACGAAAGGGAGCGCGGACCAAACCACCCCCUCCGAGCCCGCCAGCCAGCAGGAAGCCGAUCAGAUCUGCCUUUACCACAUCCGGAAAAGCUGCAGCUUCCAAGACAAGUGUUUCCGAGUUCAUUUUCACCUGCCAUAUCGCUGGCAGUUCCAGGAUGGAGCCGCGUGGAAGGAUUUUGAGGCUAUGGAGCCCAUCGAAAAAGCCUAUUGUGACCCUACAAUGAGGAGGGUUCUGGUCAGAGAGCCGGCGGGCCAGGUGGCCUGCCUGGACUUCGAGGGCAUGAGUUGGGGCUCCGGCCGGGCCCGGCGCCUCUCCACGGCCUCGUCGCUCACCAAGCCGCCGCACUUCAUCCUCACCACCGACUGGCUCUGGUUCUGGGAGGACGAGCAGGGCCAGUGGCGAGAGUACGGCCUGGAGGGCCCGAAGCAGUCCACCGCCUCCAUCUCCAGCCAGGAUCUCGAGAAGGCCUUCCUGGACGGGGCGGCCCCCACGCUACAGUUCAAAGCCGGGAAUCACGCGUACGAGUUCGACUUCAAAGCCAUGGUUCAGAAGAACCUGCACUGCGGCACCCAGCGGAAGGCGUGUCGGAGGCCCAGAUUCAUCUCGGAAGGGGACGUGGUGAAAAAGCUGGCGAGCGACUCUCAGGGUCAGAGUCCUCAGAGCAUCCCGGCCCACUGGGACAGGUCAGCUGUUCCCGACCCAGGCUACAAGCUGAUUCCCCUGGCUGCGUCCUCAGAGGAGUACCAGAAGGUCCAGGGGCUCUUCCAGCGUACCAUGCCCAGCCUCCAUAUCUGGAGCAUCCAGAGAGUCCAGAAUGUGGCCCUGUGGCAGGUCUAUCAGUGGCAGAAGGAGCAGAUGAAGAAGAGCAACGGUGGGCAGGAGGUGGAUGAGCGGCAGCUGUUUCACGGGACCAGCCAGAAGCACGUCGAUGCCAUCUGCCAACACAACUUCGACUGGAGGAUCUGUGGGCUGCAUGGCACUGCCUACGGCAGAGGAAGUUACUUUGCCAGGGACGCCUCCUACUCCCACCAUUACAGCAACGUGGAGCUGAGCUACCGGAUCAUGUUCCUGGCCCGCGUCCUGGUGGGCGAGUUCACCCAGGGGAGCGCUUCUUACCUCCGCCCCCCACCCCGGCCUGGGGCCUCCAGUGGCUUCUUCCACAGCUGCGUGGACAGACCCAGCAGCCCGUCCGUCUUCGUGGUCUUCGAGAAACACCAGGUGUACCCGGAAUAUCUGAUCAAGUACUCGUACUCGCCCCCGUUUUUGUCCUCCGCCUAACCCCGACCCGUGAUCCGGGGAGGGAUGGGCCCAUCCGACCGCCGCCACCCCCUCAACCCUUGGGCUGAAGCGGGGUAGUGUGGGAAGAGCCAUCACCACCGUCAUCUGUGGCAUUCAUUAAAUCAAUCAGGGGCCUUUACCGAGCUCUGGGUACACAGCAUUCCCCUAAGCGAUAGGGACCGUUCAAUACCAGAGUUGGUAGGUACGAAACGUUUACUUUGUUCCCGUCACAGUUAAGUGCCGAGGAGGAGAAGCACGUGGGGACUGAGAGGGAGAGGGCGGGUAUCUCAGUUGUUCUGUGCCACGGUUUUCUCAACAGUCCCUUGAAGUUAUUGAGCACUUUCCGCGUGCAGGGCACUGUACUAAGCACUUAGAAGAGAACAAUAUAACAGAGUCGGUAGAUCUGUUCCCUGCCCACCUACAAAAUAGGGAUGAGUGAUUUGUGGCAGGCCAGUGACAAGAGCCGAGGUUGGAACAUCAGAAUGCCCAGCCCUGACCGUUCGAGCAGCCCGUCACGGCGGCUAGUGGCCGGGGGGCACUCCUAUGGCAUUGGGCUGAGCCAAUAUUUUCCCUUCCCUCGGCUUUUUCUCCCAGGGGAGGCUUGCCCGCUGGCGAGGGAGAGGGUG